AUGGCCAACGCCACAAACACAGCGGAAAUGGCCACACCAACACCCAACCCGGGUGCGUUUCAGUCGCUCGCACGCAACAACAGCUACGUCAUCCCGGGUCUGUACGAUCUAAACGUCGAGGACACGAACUGGGUGCUGACGUCGUCGUUCAUCAUCUUCACGAUGCAGACCGGCUUCGGGAUGCUCGAGUCCGGCUGUGUGUCCGUCAAGAACGAGGUCAACAUUAUGAUGAAGAACAUCAUCGAUAUUGUGCUGGGCGGGUUCACGUACUGGCUGUUUGGGUACGCGAUGGCAUUCGGGCGGGGCGAACUCAACAACCCGUUCGUUGCGCUCGGGGACUUUCUGAUCGAUCCCGGUGUUAGUGAUCCGCUGUUUGGACCGAUCUUUGCCGCGUUUCUGUUCCAGCUGUCCUUCUCGACGACCGCGACGACGAUCGUUAGUGGUGCUAUGGCGGAAAGGUGCAACUUUAAGGCAUACUGCAUUUUUUCCUUCUUCAACACGAUCGUGUACUGCAUACCGGCCGGUUGGGUGUGGGGUGAGCACGGUUUCCUUAAGAACCUAGGCGUUGUGGACAUCGCUGGUAGUGGACCAGUUCAUCUGAUCGGUGGCGCAUCUGCAUUCGCAUCAGCCGCUAUCCUUGGGCCACGGUUAGGUCGUUAUGCAAAGGGCACGGAUCCGCUGCCACUCGGUAACCCGGUUAACGCUUGCAUGGGCCUGUUCGUCCUUUGGUGGGGCUGGUUGGCGUUUAAUUCCGGCAGCACGUACGGCGUUAGUGGGGCCAAAUGGGCGUACGCAGCUCGUGCCGCCGUUAUGACGAUGAUGGGUUCGUUCGGUGGUGGUAGCUUCAGCAUCAUCUACUCGAUGGUCAACAAUGACGGCCGCAUGGACGUGGUGGAUCUGAUCAACGGCAUCCUGGCCUCCCUGGUGUCGGUUACAGCCGGUUGUUAUCUCUACCACGCGUGGGAAGCAAUCCUGAUCGGUGCGAUCGGUUCAGCGCUCUGCUGCUUCGGAAUGCCCCUAUUCGACCGGAUGGGUGUGGAUGAUCCGGUUGGGGCGAGUUCCGUCCACGGAAUCGCAGGCAUUUGGGGCGUACUGGCGGUGGGCUUUUUUGCGGACAACCCCCUGCGGAUGGACACGACGGGUGGACGGUCGGGGUUGUUUAAAGGCGGAGGCUGGUACAUGGUUGGCGUGCAGUCCCUGUCCGCGCUUUGUCUCGCUUGUUGGGGCGUUUGUUCGACCUUCCUGCUGCUGUGGCUCAUCAACAAGGUCGUCCCGAUCCGGAUGGACCCGAACGAGGAGCUGCUGGGGGCGGAUUUGAUGGAGCACCGGAUCCGCCACACGCAGAUUGGCAUCUCGCGGGCUCUUUCGGCGCUAGCCCCGAUUCAGCUGGAUCUGGAUGAUGUGAUCGAUGCGCCACCGAUCGGUCGAAAUCCUGGCCAUGAGCGGUGCGUGGAUGAGAUUGAAGCUGCCAGUCAAAAGUUGCACCAGUGGCGACAAGCGAUGGAUAAGUUUGGCAAUCGUGAGCAAUCGGCCACGGGGAAAGCGAGUGGGUCACGGCGUCGUGUGAAGGGUUUCUUGAGCCGUGGUACACCAGCGAAUGGGGCGGAAAACGCUGGAUACGAGCGGGAUGCAACCGUGUCGGUGAAGAUGACCAGCGGUAGAGCACCGACGAAGGAAGUCCACCAAAUGGCCGUUAUUGGAAGCGAACAGAGCUACCAGCUUGGUGGUGGCGAUCGCAACAGUGAUCGUAAUUUUGCGUGGAUUGAUUGA